AUUUACAAGACGAUCAGUUCAUAAAAACGUCGCUGUCGACCGGUAGUCAUCAGCACUUCUGUUCGCCUUGCCACGGAACAUCGCACAGACAAAUAUCCGCAUCGAGACACUGCCAAGCGUUGCCACCUACACACUAAACUUUUUACGACUUGCGUAUCGGUCUUUUGGCGAUUAUAUAGUUAGUGUUCUUAUCAACGCUUUGAUUAUCCCUCGAUAAUCGCACGGACACACGGCCACUCCGAGGGAAGCUUGUUCGCCUACUGCAAACUAAAGUUACUGUCCGAGUCAGAAGUUUGAAGACGAACUUUUUGCAGUUUUGCUGUAUAUAUGGAUUCCUAUGGAACUAAGUGACUCCCGCUGGGUUGGAUCUGAAUCACUCAAAUCCUCACCGAAUCCUCACCACCAUCACCACCAAGUGGCAAAUCAAGUCGAGACUGAAUCAAGACAAUCACCCGAGAACAAUAAUCAAGGAGUUCGACUCGGCAGCGGCCACAACGUAGAAGAACGUCUACACUCCACCGAUCAAGAGAGUUCACCGCUGAGCGGAGAACAAGCGGGAGGCCGACAGGCGACUACCCGUGUUAUGCAACACAGUAACCUCGGCCUAUCAUUAGCAGAGCCCAGUCAACUCCCUUCAUCCGAAGACGUCGAAGUGUUCUUCAACCACCUCGAGCAACCCUCGGCAUCACAGUCUUCACAUAGUCACAACCAUUCUACAUCAAUGUACCAAACCAUGUCAAUGCACGCUGCACCACCGACUUACGAGACGCCAACAACAUUUAUCCACACCGGAACGAGUCCGGUUUAUGUGCCAACGACACGGGCGAUGCCGUUACCCAUGCACGCUGCCCCGUACCUCCAGGCCAACUCAGCGACGCCUCAAUCACAGGCAAACAGUCAUGCAGUCUGGUGUCCAAGUCAACCCGAGAGCGGAUACACAACCCAAACCACGCAUCCAUCUCCAAGGUUCACCUUCCCACCUAGCCCACCUAUCACGUCUACCGGUACUUUAGCAAGGCACAACGGCUUAAACCCAUAUGCUACGCCGUAUGACAUCCCGUGGACAUCAUUCCCAGAUGGUACGGUACUUCACCCGAAUGUUGGGAACAGACCAGGAUCCGUGGUCCGGCGUACAAACUCAGAUUCAGCCAACGCUGCCCGAAGUAUAUUUGUUGAUAGCAGUAACCAGUUAGCGUAUGCAGAUUUUUCAUCUUUUCCUGCAGAGGGCAGAGAGUGUGUCAACUGCGGUGCAAUGUCAACCCCGCUUUGGCGACGUGACGGCACCGGUCAUUACCUGUGUAAUGCAUGUGGAUUAUACCAUAAGAUGAAUGGUAUGAAUCGUCCACUGAUCAAACCACAGCGUAGACUGUCUGGCUCUCGUCAUGAGGGUAUAUCUUGCUCCAACUGUGGUACUACUGUAACUACAUUGUGGCGUAGGAAUAACGAUGGUGAACCUGUGUGUAAUGCCUGCGGCCUUUACUUCAAACAGCACAAAGUGAACCGACCUCUUGCCCUCAAGAAAGACACUAUCCAGACACGAAAGCGUAAACCCAAGAACACUAACAGUGACAAGAAUGGCAACCAAAACAUGGAUGACAAGUCUAAUAUAGGCUUAUCAACAAACAGCUCGAGUUCUAUACCAGUGUCUACAAUUAAAAAGGAGCCAAUGUAUGUUCCAUCUACCAUGGCAUCAACACUAUUGACAACCAACGCCCUGACGGCUUUGAAUAGUCAACACCACAGCAGUAUGAUAAUGUCACCAACUCAUGCACUGAAUCUGACAACUCCAGAACCAAGCCCAAAUCUACAAACCAGUACGAACAUCUUCCACACCGGUGUGAGUCCGUCACCUCCAUCUGCUGUGGCUGUGUCUCUUGACAACAACUAGGAAUAUCUACUAGCUAUGUCGGGGAAAAAGAAACACAGUACUCUAUAUGUUCAACAAUACUUUUGAAAUGAAUGGAAGCAAAAAAACUGAAAGUGAAUGGUGGAAAAUGAAAUGAUAUGAGUUAUGAUGAUGACAUUAUAGGAAUGAUCCUAAUUUGUUGCGAUGGAAACAGUUAGAUGAACUUUUAGGUUGAAACAGACUGAAAAAUUAAUUGUUUUUCAUUUUAAGGUUGUAAGAGUAAGAUUGAGUAAAUUCUCUUACACAACCAAAUAUUUCUUAUCUAUCAGAGAUACUGAAUUGUCUCUGCUUGAAAACAACUCAGACACUCCUAAGAACACAUUGAUAUUUUAAAAUUCCUAUAAUAUUGAUACUUGAUCCAUUUCCGUGGUAACAGACCAUCACUUUCUGAGAUGAAUCAAGUGCACUCCAAAGAAAUAAGAGUAGGGUCAGAAAUGACCCAGAACUAAUGAUUAUAGGAGGGACUAUUUUAUGAGCAAUAAUUCUUCUGAUAAUGUUGCUGAUGUGUUUAUGGUUUCCACCACCAUCGUGGGGUGGUCACUCAGAUUUAUUCAAUUGAAAACAAAUGUUCUGGCAAUGUUUCAAUUGACUUUUCUUAUUUGAAUUUCUAUUACCGUAAUAUUCCUGCCUGUCAUCUUGAAUGGUUGAACCAAUCAGUAUGUUUUACUAAAUGGACCAAUCACAUUAUGUUUCUCUAAUGGACCAAUCACAGCAUGUUUCACUAAAUGGGCCAAUCACAACAUGUUUUACUAAAUGAACCAAUCAUAGUGAUCAGACGAAGUUUGUACUUAUUAUCAACACAAUUCUUGUUGUUAAUUCAACCUUCAAGUCACAUUUUGCAAGUGUGCGAUGAAUUACUUUGUUGUCUGGUAACAGACACUGUCAUCGCCAGCCGCCCAUUUGGCCCCACAAUUCACACAGACCAACAGUAAACAAUGUCAGUUUCCCCUCAAAACACAGAAUAUUAAUAUGCUAUAUCUGACCCCUGAUUGUGACACCAAUGAUCUCUGACCUUUGGGACAAGACAAACAAUCAUCCAUUUCCUGUUAGUUAGUAACAACCUUUGUUCCGAUCGAUAUUUUUUAUUAAAAACAACAUGACACGCUUCUAGGGUGCACAAAUUGAAAAAAGGGGUAUUUUUCAAAUUCAGACAACUUCAUCGACUUUUGAAAAAAAAAUUUCUUGUUCUCGAGAUGCGACUUGAAAACUUCACUUUUGAUGAUUAAAAUAAAUGAAAAUAGUCAUUAUUAUAGUUAGAGAGGGAAUCAAGUUAAACCAUUGCAUUGAUCAUGUAAGGGUGGCAGGCAAUAGGAAUAGUUAAUAUUGAGCAGUUCUCUACCUCGAUGUUUAGUUUCUUGAUUUUCUAGUGACAUUUUGUGCAAUUACAGAAGUUUAUUUAGCCAAUCAAGAUGCCAGAAUAAAUGACACGUUACCGUAGUAUUAUACACAAUCAUUGGUGCAUAGUGUAUUCUUUUUGAAGUAAAGUACUGAUUCAAACUAUGAAGUCGGUUAAAAAACUUAACUUAUUUUGUUUUAAUAUCCAUUGUUGCAUUGUUUUAAGUCAAUUAUUCUUCUCAUUUGCUAUGGGGCUCUCAAAUUGGUCAGUCAAAUUAGACAGGUUUUCUCCAGCAUAGACCAGAUUAGAUUGAGAACCCUAGUGAAUAGUUCGAUUCACAAUUUAUUUGAACAUUACAUCUUGUCUCUUACAGCCCCCUCACAGGCAAAAAGGGGAAAUGAAUUUUUCAGCACAUGCAUAUUUUUUGCAAAUUUUAGUAACCACAUUAACUGUAAGUUAGCAAGUAGGGUAGACAGGGUUAAAAAAAAUGCUCAGACACUAGGAAUACUGAUCUAAGAUUUCCCAAACCCCAGAGAUACGUAUAAUCUGAGUAUUUCUGUAGAAUAUUCAUGUGUAAUCUCGUACAUAUAAAUUGUUAAUGUAGUAUAGCUUUAAAAUUAGAAUGACUUUUUUUGUUGUCAUAAAUGGCAAAAAAAUUACGAACUGGAAUAAGCAGAAAAAAAAGAGCUGUACAUUGCGAAAUGUUGCAUGCACAUAUCUGGCAUAUUGUAGAUCAGAGAUUUUGUAUAACCUUUUUCCUGUUAAUAUUCCUUGAAAUAAUAUUUAGAAUCUCUACCUGUUAUGAACUUUGUUUCUUAUUUGACAAUUUUUUCUAGAACGACCCAUGAUUUGAAUGCUCUUUUAUUGUCUCAAUUACACAAAUGUUAACAGUUAUUUUCAUCAUGAAUGAAUUUCAAAUUUGUCUUCAGUAUUUUUAUGUUCUCAAUCAGUGUAGUUUUCCGAUCAGGAAAUGCUUGUUUUCAACUCCCGAAAAAAUAUAUUAAAAAAAAAUAAAAGUUUUUAACACAUGCAGUCUCAGUUCAGUUUACAAAGCAAAAUCCACAACAAUCUUAUCAUGGAUAGUUUGGACAGGACAAUCUCCAUGUCUUGUGGACCAAAAAAAAUUUGUUCUGAAUAUCAAUAUUCAAAUAAUAAGCCUGGCAAUAUUUUUCCCAUGUAUUUUGAUCAAACCAUUAACCAAAGAAAAUUUAUGUUAUUUGGGUCAAAAGUAACAGAGAAAUGUAAAUUAAGUUGAACCAUAAAAUAAAUUUUCAGAUAUUGUCCAAGAGUUUAUCGAAAUUUGGAAGUUUUCAAAAACAAAAAACAAAACAGCAUUUCCUGAUGACUUUUUCUUAUUUAACACAUACAAUAUUUUCCAGGGACAUAACAAUAGAAAAAUUAUUCAAUCUGUGUGAAAUGGAGUUAUAUUUAAUAAUACCUCCUCCAUGUUGAAGUGAACCGACACUUCUCAUUUUCAAAAUAGAUUCUCAAAGUAGAAAAGGAGACGAUAAUGCAAAUUUUUUGAUUUGAUUCUGCCUGUUAAAAAGUAAAUGAAAUGAGUGGGUAUAAUCCUGUGUUGUCAAUCUUUAUACUAGACUGCCUCACCCACAUAAGUACCCUCACA